AUGAGGUAUAACAUAUGCAUUUUCCUGAAAUGCCAACGCCUGUGUUUUGUGUUUUCAUUGUGGAAUCUGUGUUCUGGGCAAAUUCGGUAUUCAAUCCCUGAAGAACUGCAACUGGACGCCUUUGUUGGAAACAUCGCUGCCGAUUUAGGUUUAGAUAAAGAGCUAUUGUCUGAUCGCAGAUUACGAGUUGCGGCCCAACCGAAUAAACAUUACGUCGACAUAAAUUUGGAUAAUGGAAAUUUAAUUGUGAAAGAAAAGAUCGACAGGGAAAAGCUUUGUGGGUCGAGCCCCGACUGUGUCUUAUCGUUGGAUGUAGUGCUAGAGAAUCCGUUAACUCUGUAUCAGGUGGAGGUGGAGAUUCUUGAUGUAAAUGACAAUGCUCCCAGCUUCCAAAAGAACCAGAUACGCCUGGAAAUCUCUGAGAUUGCCGCUACGGGAACGCGCUUUACUCUCGAGUCCGCGCACGAUCCGGACAUCGGGUCGAACUCUUUGCAAACGUAUCAGCUACUCCCGAAUGAAUAUUUUUCUCUGGAUGUACAAAUCCGCAGUGACAGAAGAACGUUGCCAGUGUUGGUGUUGCAGCGAGCCCUGGACAGAGAGACGAUGUCGAAACACAAAUUAACGGUAAUAGCAAAAGAUGGCGGUGUUCCCGUGAGAUCGGGCACGGUUCAAGUUACAAUCACGGUAAAAGAUAUAAAUGAUAACUCACCUGUGUUCCCCCAGUCAGUGUAUAGGAUUAGUUUGCUGGAGUCGGUUCCCCAGGGAACAUUAGUCAUCAGAUUAAACGCAACAGACUUGGACGAUGGUCCAAAUGGAGAGAUAAUAUACUCUUUCAGUAGUCAUUGUUCCGCUAUAGUACGUGAACUAUUUGGUGUGGAUUCAAAAACUGGUGAAAUCAGAGUUAAAGGAGCAUUAGAUUAUGAAAGAAACAAUGCGUUUGAGAUUAACGUGCAGGCCAUGGACAAGGGCUCUGGGGCAAUACCCGUGCAUUGUGAUAUUUUCGUUGACAUCGUCGAUGUGAAUGAUAACGCACCUGAGGUGGAGUUAAGAUCCCUUUCAAGUGCCGUACCUGAGCACGCUCCGCUUGGGACAAUAGUGGCUUUAUUCACUGCAACAGAUAAAGAUUCGGGAGAAAAUGGACAAGUACAGUGUGAAAUCGUGAAUCAACUGCCAUUUAAACUAGAGUCAAACAGGAAACAUUACUAUAAAUUGCUGAUUACUCAUUUAUUGGAUCGCGAAAAUAUUUCUAGGUAUGAUGUUACUAUCACAUGCACGGAUGCAGGCGACCCUCCGCUAACUUCGAAGAAAACCAUGCGAGUAGAAGUCUCAGAUAUAAAUGACAACACACCACUAUUUACGCAGCCUGUGUAUAUGGCACGCUUUAUGGAAAACAAUAUAAUAGGAGCUUCUAUAAUGUCAGUGACAGCUUUUGAUCCCGAUGAAGGAGAAAACGCUCGAUUGUUAUUUUCUAUAAUACCUAUGCAGUUUCAAGGCACCCCGAUCGCUAAUCUUUUCUCUAUCAACCCACAGAGUGGCGAGAUAUUUGCUCAGCAGCCUUUUGAUUACGAACAAUUAAAAAGGUUUCAAUUUCAGGUUCAAGUGCAGGAUUCUGGGGUCCCACCACUUACCAGUAACGCUUCAGUGGACAUUGUCAUCCUCGACCAGAAUGACAACGCCCCAGUGAUCGUGCAUCCUUUGCCUGAUUAUGGGUCAACAGUAACCGAAACAAUGCUUCGGUUUGCAGAACCAGGGUACUUGGUUGUAAAGGUGUCGGCCACCGAUGCCGACGCUGGAGAGAAUGCUCAUCUCUUUUAUCAGAUUCUCCAACCAAUUCAUUCUAAUCUUUUUACCAUUUCUGCGGACACUGGGGAAGUUUGGACUAUCCGUCGCAUUACGAACACGGAUGCCUCUAAACAAAGAUUGUUGAUUAUGGUAAACGAUAAUGGAACUCCAUCACUCUCAGCCACAUUGACUUUAUUAUUAACUGUGGUGGACGAGGAUCGUGAAACUUUUUCCAGUGUUACCAGUUUGUCGAACGAUGCGGGUUUCACCCCUGACGUGAGCCUUUCGUUGGUAAUUGCAUUAGGGAUAAUCUCUACCAUUUUCCUUAUAGUUUUAAUUAUCCUCGCUUCUAUACUUCAGAAAGAUAGGGGCGGUUUGAAAUGCCAGUCCAGCAUCCUUGGUGUUUGUUGCUGUUCAGAAACAAGAAAUUCUUUCAAUGGAAUUCAAAAGGCCAGCAGAAGCCUUCAGAUACCACCGAACUAUGUUGAGGUAUUUGGGGGUGAUCCACUUUCCCAGAGCUUUCGAUACGAAUCAUGUUCGACAUUGCAGUCUACGAAGAGAGACUUCAUCACUCCGAACCCGCACAGGCCAUCUCACAGCAAUAAGAGAGUCCAGAAUGAAUCCACUGGGAAGGAAAACAUCAGAGUAAUGGAUUCUGAUCAUCACAGUAAGGCUGUAAGCAAUGAGGUGAGGUGUUUCAUAGCAAAAGGUAUAAUACGAAACAAAAAUUGA